AUGGACACUGCAGCACAACAAGGGUUCGGAGAGAUCCUCUCCCACAUCAUCGGCUGGGCCUACUUUAUCGCCUGGUCCGCCUCCUUUUACCCACAAGCGAUCCUCAACUGGCGCCGCAAAUCCGUCCAGGGUCUCUCAAUGGAUUUCAUCUACCUCAACGUCCUCGGCUUCCUCUGCUAUUCGAUCUUCAACCUCUCCUUCUAUUACAGCCCCGAGGUCCAGGAGGAAUACAGGAAGCGCAACGAUGGACAGGACAACCUCGUCCGCGUCAACGAUGUCUUCUUUUCUGUCCAUGCCCUCAUCCUUUCGUCCUUUACUCUCUUCCAGACACUUAUUUACAAGCGCGAUGAGGGUCAGAAAGUCUCUAGCCCCACAAAGCUUCUAAUCCUGAUCAGCACCUUUGGCGCUUCGAUCGUCUUUGGCGCAGCCUACGCCGGCACUUCGCAGUGGAUCGACCUCCUCUACUACCUCAGCUAUAUCAAACUCGGCAUCAGUUUCAUCAAGUACUGCCCUCAGGUCUACCUCAACUAUGCCUCCCAAUCGACCGUUGGCUGGAGCAUCCACAACAUCCUCCUGGAUUUCACUGGCGGCGCACUCAGUAUCGGUCAAUUGGUCCUCGAUGCGUACAUCUCUGGAGACUGGUCCGGCAUCUCGGGCGAUCCUGUCAAGUUUGGAUUGGGCUUCUUGAGCAUUGCGUUCGACUUGGUCUUUAUGACUCAGCAUUUUAUCCUGUACCGCAACCGCGAGGACUUUUAUGCACCCCUGUCGAUGGUGGAGAACAAUGGUGAGGCGCGUGAGAGCAAGAAGUUGUUGUUGUCGCCUGGUCAUAAGACGUAUUCGAGCAUCCAGCGUGAGGAUGCUAGGAUCUCUCGGCCAGCGAGCAUGAAGGAUCUCGAGUUGGGGUUUGAUGAUUCUCAGCAUUCCACCCGUCACUAA